CCAAUCUGGCAGAGUGACCUUUCCGUUUACAAUCUCACCGCAUCGUCUCCCUUCCCCCUCUCACGACAUAUUCCAACCCCCGAUACACAAACCCGCCGUCCCCAUCCCCCGUUCCUUACGUCAAAAUGGAGGUCUUCAUGCACAACCUGCCCGAGGACCUGACGAUUGGGGGGCUGAAAGUGCAGCUUGAACCGUUUCUUCGUGACCUCGGCAUCGUCGACUUCCAUUGCGAGAAGCCCGGAAAGCGACGCUUCGGCCAUAUCACAUUCCUUCACAAGAGCGACGGGGACAAAUUCCUCGCCCGCCACGGGGAGGAAUUCCUUCCAAACCAGGGUCCACCAAAUCCAUUCCGGGCCCAUCACGGGGGAAAUGGUCGUCGAGGUCAGAGAGGUGAUCGUCCACGCACUCGUCCCCGGCUCUCCAUCAUGGGUAAAGGCGUCCAUUGUAGGCUCAGCGACCGGACGGCUGAUGAAAUCACCCUCCGGACUCUGGCCGGCGCGGCCGAGGAUCGCGUGACCCAGCCCGAGGCCCCCAAGGAAGAGUCGACUGUUUUCGACCUGCAGUCACUGAGCUGCGGCCACAACCAGUUUGUCCACGGUGAGAUGACGUUUGUGUCUGAACGUUCCCUGAACGAGCCGGGCAUGGCCAAGUUCUUCAAGCGCAAGCUGGUUAUCGACCUUCGGACGAGCCAAGUCCAGAUCCGCAUACCCUUCUCGUCCAUCGUUGAGAUGGUGCAAGGAACCACCGAUUCCUCGAUUCUGAUCACCCUGUCCACGCCGCCGGUGAUCCUGACUCCUAAAUUUACCCUCAACCUGCCUACCAAGACUGAGCUGCCGUUAUCGCUGGCCUCGCUCAGUCUGCUAGCUUCGCUCAACCUCGGGCCCAGCGCUACAGAUGGGUGGUAUCGGGCCUUGGCUAUCGACUCCCUGCACAAGCAUUCCGCCCCGUACUGCUUGGUGUACCGCCUAAAGCUCUCGCCGGCAGACUUCCACGCAAAGAUGAAGAAAGUCGCGUCAACGGAGCUGAUCACCAUCACCCGCUACAACGUGCCCGCUGAGCUCGGCGAUCACGGUGUGUAUGCUGAAUGUGUCAAGUCUCUGAAGGAACAACUCGAGCUAUACAAUUCCCAAACAGCGGUUCCGUUCGGCAUCCUCUUCUCGCUUCAGGCACUGGUCCACAACGGCUAUCUCCACCCGGCUACUGUCAGCAAGUUGGCCGCACGUCUCCGCGGGAUGUGGAAGGCUCCUGGUAAGAAAGGUAAGAACGCCCCCAUCUCGGUCGAUGCGAUGAAGAAGCUGUUCGAAUGGAUCGAGUACCCCAGGCCGUUUGGGGAUCCGUCACAGUUCGAGGUCGACGCUCUAGUCGAAAUGCUCCACGAUGCCGAGAGGGAGAUCCGGGAAGGCUCUCUCUUGCGGUCGUCCGUCGUUGGAGAUAACGACAACUUGACGUGGACCUACCGCGCGUUUGUCAGCCCCACCCGAACGACCCUCCACGGGCCCGAAGUGACCACCAAGAACCGCAUCCUGCGCAAGUUCCCCCAGCACCAGGACUGCUUCAUCAGGGUGCAGUUCGGCGAUGAGAAUGGAGAGGACCUCUUCUUCAAUGCCAAGGUCUCCCUCGACCAGAUCUACGAUCGGUUCAAGCAGGUCCUGAAAGAUGGGAUCCACGUUGCCGGUCGAACCUACAGCUUCCUGGGGUUCUCGCACUCGUCUCUGAGAGCGCAUUCGGCCUGGUUCUGCUCCCCUUUCUACUACAACGACAAGCUGAACACCCACUUCACCAUCAUUGACGGCCUCGGAGACUUCUCCGUGAUCAACUCUCCCGCGCGCCGCGCGGCCCGCAUUGGCCAGGCCUUCUCCGAGACCCCGUUCUCGGUUUCCCUGAGCGAGCAUGAGAUCUCCGUGUCCACCAUUAAAGACGUUACCUCGGCCGACGGUCAGCGAGUAUUUAGCGACGGAGUGGGGACGCUUUCGGAACUGGCGAUGCUGUCGAUCUGGAGCACUCUUCCGCGGAAGAAGGCGGACCCAACGUGCUUCCAGAUCCGAUACGCGGGGGCCAAGGGGAUGCUGUGCUAUGACCCCCACUUGCCGGGAAGACAGGUAUGCGUCCGACCAUCGAUGAUCAAAUUCACGGGCAACGACACCUCUCACCUGGAGAUCUGCGACAUGGCGACCAAGCCCAUCCCCCUGGUGCUCAACCGCCAGCUCAUCAAGAUCCUGGAGGACAUGGGGACACCGGCAGACUGGUUUCUACGCCUCCAGACCAAGGAGCUCAACCGCCUCCGGGGCAUCACGACAGAUGCGUACAACACGGCCAACUUCCUCGAGAUGCAGUCGAUUGGACACGGGAUCCGCCUGCCGAGAUUCCUCCGCCAAGUCCACGCGAUGGACAUGGACUACAGGCAGGACCGUUUCCUGCGCACCGUCGUCGAGGCGGUUGUUCUGAAGGAGCUGCGACUGCUCAAACACAAGGCGCGGAUCCCAGUCAAGGAGGGGAUCACCCUGUUCGGGGUGAUGGACGAGACGGGCUACCUCGAGGAAGGCGAGGUCUACAUCACCUGCGACGCGCUGCCCAUGCAUCGCCCCGUGAUCCCCGUGAACGGCCACGUCCUCGUCACCCGCUCGCCCGCCCUGCACCCGGGGGACGUCCAGCUCGCCUUCAGUGUCGCCCUUCCCCCGGACAGCCCGCUUGCCGAGCUCCGCAACUGCAUCGUGUUCAGCCAGAAGGGCGACCGGGACCUGCCCAGCCAGCUCAGCGGCGGGGACCUGGACGGCGACAUCUACAACGUCAUCUGGGACGCAACCCUCGACGUCGAUAAGCUGACCACUUUCCCGCCGGCGGACUACCCCCGCGUGGAGCCGCUGGUGCUCGACAGGCAGGUGACCAAGGACGACAUGGCCAACUUCUUUGUCGACUUCAUGAAGACCGACCACCUCGGAGUCAUCGCGACGAGACACAUGAUCCUUGCUGAUCAGAUGGAGGAUGGGACUCUUGACUACAGGUGCACAAUGCUGGCGCAACUCCACUCGACCGCCGUCGACUUCUCCAAGACGGGCAUACCGGUCGAGCUGACACAGCUUCCCCGGGCCAACAGGUUCCGGCCAGACUUCCUAGCUCCAGGGCCCCUAACCCACAUACACGACAAAUCGGAGAUCGACCUCGAGAAGCACAUCCACGAGGAUGUUGACCCAGACGACGAGGAUGCCGGCCCGCGGCACAAGUACUAUAAGUCGAAUAAGCUGCUGGGGACGCUGUACCGCGCGGUAGACGAGAGGAGGAUCUGGUUCGAGGAGAUCAAGACCGCCGCCCCCACCAGAGGCGAAGGCGAGACCUUCUGGGACAAAUUCCUCGCCUCCGUCGACGAGACAUGCUCGGAUAUCGGGCCCACCAACUGGGAGCGACGGACGGGCGAGGCACGACGGAUUCGUUACACCUACGAAGACGCCAUCCUAUCCGCAAUGAACGACUUCUCAGACCACCCGGUGCACCCGCUCACGGAGCUCGAGGUCUUCGUCGGCUUCAUCAUCAACAAGACGGGCGUGCAGACGCAGCGCCAGCGCGACCGGUCCACGCGCCUCCGCGACGAGUUCGAGCGCAUCUCCGCCUGGAUCCUGUCCGAGAUGCGCAACAAGGCCUCCUCCUCCCGCGCAACCGCCGCCACCAGCCGCAGUGUCGAUAAUUCCGCCGCCUACCAUGGCGAAGACGACGGCGACAACAACUUGCGUGCCCUCGAGCUGUGCCUCGCGUGCGUCCACGUCGGUUGCGGCCGGGGGUCAGGUUCGGGGACGGGCGCGGAUCGGUACUCGACCAUCUCGGCGCGCUAUGCCGGGUCCGGGUCCGGCGGGCUCCAGAGCUUCCGUGUCGUCGCUGCUGCGGCGCUGCUCCAGGAGAUACGUGCCUGCCAGUAGUUGCUCUGCGCGGCUGGUGUCAUGUUGUGUUACUUUUGUGUUUUUCUAUCGCUUUUUCUUGGCUGCUUCUCUCCCGGCAGUUGUUGCCAAUGCUCAUUUUAGCUUCCCCCCCACACGUCUCCGCGAGUGUUUUUUUUCGGGGGCGUUCAUCCUAAU